AUGAGGAGGCAUCUAAUGCUUUAUCAAUUUCCUCCUGAUUUACUAAAACUAAUUGAUAAUAUCAAUGCAAUUCAAAUUUUACUAGAACCUUAUACUUAUCUUUCGUCGAAUCCUGGAAAAGAAAUUAGAAGCAAAUUGAUUGAUGCUUUUGAUCAUUGGCUUAAAGUGCCCAAAGAUAAAUUGUCCGCUAUUACCACUGUCGUUGAAAUGUUGCACACUGCUAGUUUAUUAAUAGAUGACGUAGAAGAUGGUUCCGUUUUGCGUCGUGGUAUUCCUGUGCCUUCAACCAUAAACUGUGCAAAUUAUGUUUAUUUCCUUGCUUUGAAUGAACUUACAAAGUUUGAUAAUCCGGAAAUGCUCAAAGUUUACACAUUCGAAUUACUAAACUUGCAUCGCGGUCAAGGAAUGGAAAUACAUUGGAGAGAUACAUUGACAUGCCCUUCUGAAGCUGAAUUUAUUGAAAUGGUUUCAAAUAAAACUGGUGGUCUGUUAAGAUUGGCA